AUGUUUUGCUUUGGGAACAGAAACAGGGACUUCGAAGAGAAGGUCCUUCUCAUGACAAGCGACAAGUACAGGAGAACUACAAUCCGCAAAAUCUGGACGACUUUGUCAGCUGUUGUCUCCUUGCUUCUCGGCAUCACAGUGGCUGAGCUGUGCGGGGUCGGCAAGCCUUAUUCCGACAGCAUCGACACAACCAAUAUGACCGAGGAGGAAUUGCUGGUCUUGGUGAGCACGAAGUGCACUUCGAGGGCCUCGAGCGUGAAGGCCCUUGUGGCUGUGGCCUCGGUGCUGCUGACCGGCCUCGUGAUUCGAUUCUAUUCUCUGGAGCUCUCGCUGGUACAUCUGAACAGCAACAACUGGCGGGAGGAGAGGCCCAGGUUCUGGCAAGUCACCAAGUGGGCCAUGCAAGGAGGCGUCCAGACCAAGAAGUUCCUUGAGCUCGUCAUAGAGAUCUUCCUCUGCAUCAUCAACCCUGUCCCCGGGCUCUCGUUCGAGUUCCUUGCGCAGUCUUACAUCUUCAAGCAAGGUCAGAUGGUGCUGAACUACCGCAUCGAGAACGUUAUCGUCGUGUGCAUGUUCCCCAGGCUGUAUCACUUAUGGAGGAUGUACCGGAUGUGGAUGUUCUCCAAGUUCUUCAAUCAAGAGUUCCUAAGGUAUAUGGACAACCCGACUCUGAACUCGUUCGCUACCAUCGUGCCGUCCAGCACCUCCUUUGCCGUCAAGGUAGCGCUGGCGAGGCAUCCGGUGCUUACCAUGUCGUUUUCUCUCUUCGUCUUCCUCUGGGUUGCAACGUACCUUAUGAGGCUCGCCGAAGCUCCGUUUCAGACGGACAUCGCGGAAAACAUCUGGAACCCGAUGUUGGCUACCGUCGGCUACGGCGACACGACCCCCGUCACUUACACAGGGAGGACGAUCGCAGUCCUCGUCAUGAUGUUCGGAGCACUCUACGUGGCUGCGAUCGACAUGGAGCAAUGGCAGUUCAAGCUCGCCUGCCUCGCUGCCGCUGUCAUUCAGAAUCGAUGGAGGGGAAAAAAAGACAAGAGGCUGAGCUUUCAGUUCAAGGCGAUGCAGAAGAGGUUCAUCAAGUGGACGGAGGACGAGGAGGUAGAGGUAGAGCAGUACGUCAUCAAGCGUACAUCCAAGAGCAAGGAGAAUCCAGCUGGGGAUGGAGGACAGCAAAGUGCGCUGAUCACCGCAAGGUUUGACACCCUCGAGCACAAGGUGAAGAGCUGGGCUGCAUCUCAACCCCGUCUGACGUGCCAUGGGGCCUCCCUCAAGUUGACAACUUGUCAAGACGAGCAGCUCAAGUUCGCCAAGGAGCAGCAGGAGGUGUUUCACAACGUCGAGAGGUCACUCAAGCAUCUCCACGCGCAGAUCCUUCAGAUGUCUUCCAACAUCAGAGGGGAGGCGCCUCCAGCCCAUCCCGCCCAGGGCCCUCAGAACGGGGGAGGAAAGAGAGAGAGCUUCUCAACGUCCCUCAAGCUCCUCACCUCCAAGGAAAAGGAUCUGGUGGAGAACAUGGAGGCUCGAGUGGAGAAGGUGCUCUUCAGCCCGACGGAGAGCAGGAGGAAGAAGAUCAAAGUUCUCCAUGAGUCGCUAGGCAAAAGCCUCGGCCUUCUCAAGUCCCUGAUGGAGCCCGGGGGAGCAGAGGAGGAAGCGGACCCGCCGGGGCCUCCGGCAUACGAGCAGAUCGCCAGCUCGUGGAGGAGCGGACUUUCGCGGAGCGUUCAGGAGGGAGGCAGGCAGGAGCUUCGAAGUCCCGGCAAAAGCUCUGCAGCUGAGCAGCAGCACAGACAGAGCAGGAGGAGCGAGAUCGUGUCCACCAACGCCUCCAACGAGUUCGAGGCGGAUCUCAUCAAACGAUUCAACGGCAGCAGCAACAGGCUGAGCGGGUCAGACCAGGAGACUAACCUCACCCCGCGGAGGAUAAGCAGACGGGAGAUCACAGCGGCAACGGGACGGAGCAGCGGUAGGAGCCAGGAGGGUCAGAGCAAUGACGUCAUUCUCGUGGAUGGCGCAAAGCGCCCGAGCUAUCGACUGGACCGCAGCACGUCAGCCCCGCAGUAUGCCUAA